AAUAUUCAAGAGAUUUAUGGACUCAUUAAUUACGGCGAGAUUUGGAAGAAGUUUGGCACUAAAUUUGAUAACAAAUUAAGCUUUUCUUUGCAACAAUUGGUUAAUUUUGGUCAUACGACAUUCAAAGUAAAAAAGGGCAGAAUUCGCGUCAAAACUCCCAUUUGUAACGCAUUGAAGAAAAUUCAUAAAAUCAAAGUCGCCGAGAAUGUCGACCAGAAUCUACUGAAUUUGCCGAAAGAGGUGUGCAUUGAGUUGCAUCCGGCAAACAACGAGUCGUGGCUGAGAGUGCACUCCCUGUCCCAGAAUCCCAGAGUCAGAACCAAAAUGUCUUUACAAAAGCGUUUGUCGUGUUUAGUCGAGUAUCUGGAGAAACGCUGGAAUCAGUCGCGC